AUGGUAUGUUCAUCUCCAUCCGACUACUCUGCCCGAAAUCUGCCAACUAUCAAAGAUGUCAUCGCUCUGAUCCACCUCACCGGCCUCCCCUUGUUCGCAGGCAGACACGUCGCGGGCAUCUGUGUCGGCAAACUCAUCGACACAAUCUACAACACCAUCUCUCCUUCAGCCCUUCCCGGACUUCUCCGCAACACGGACGCUGGUGUCGAGGUCUCCAAUGCUCUGUACAAGGCCUCCAAGAAACCCGGCUUCUCCUCCAACCAGAUCGGCUCUUCCGCUCUGUUCAUAUCUCACGCCGAGACACACCUCUUCCGUCUCCAACCCGCCAAGCCAUCGAUCUCGAAAGAUUUCCUGAAGAAGAAGGUCAUGAAGAAGCUCAUCCUCAGCAAGGCCCUUACUGAUGAGAAUGUUGUGGAGCACUGCUCUCAACUCCAGGCUAAUGAGGAAGAGCGACGGGCCGCGGAGGAGCAGGCUCAGACCGAGAUGGAAGCUCGAGUUGAGAAGCGAGCGCGCGAAGAGAUGCGAGUCCGUGCGAAGAGGGAGAGGCUGGCGAGAGCUGAGAAGCAGGCCAUGGAGGCGAAGCUGGCUAGAGAGGAGAAGAGAGCCAUGGAAGCAAAGCUUGCCCGAGAUGAGAAGCGAGCCAUGGAAGCAAAGCUGGCCAAACUCGAGAAGCUGGCCAGAGACGCAAAGAUCGCCAAAGCUUCGAAGUCACGCCAGCCCAAAGAGCAACUCCGUCAACACCGUAACUCCACUGAUCGCACCAACAACGACGUCUCCGACCAGAACGAUGCUCCCAAGCCCGCCAGCCCCCUUGUCGAGCUUGUUCGCCGCCUACCCAAGGACCAGCGAGCGGGGGUGCGGAUGAUGGCCAAGGAGAUGCAAGAUGUCUGUGUGGAUAAUGACAUUAUUGUCAAGUCGGUCAGCAGAAAGGUUAACAACCUCUUGUCGAAGGACUCCGAUGAAGAUGACGACCUUGGAAAGCAGCUUGCAAAUGGCAUGGAUGGUCUUGGUGCCAGCGAUGGAAGCGAGCACUUGUCUGAUGAUGAUGCUAGUCAUCAGACUGAUGUGAAGGAGGAGGAUGCUAGGGACACUGACAAUAGGGACUCUGGCAUUGAGGUCGACAACGACAAUGCUGGUGAUGGCAAUGAUCAUAGCAUUCUGGGAGAAGAUUCCGAGGGCUCUGAUCAAAUCGCUCAGCAGAGUGAGACCGAGAGCCUUCUGGACAACAGCGACGACGGAGUCAGCAACUUAGACACAGACAUCAACAUCACCAACCUCAACACAGCCGCCGAGGAUUUCGACCUUUUUAGCGAGGCCGAACAAAGUGACUGCGAAGUCAAAACCCGCAAAGCCCUCCUCGAAUCCAGCAAAGUCGACCUCGGCGCUCUCCUCCGCAAGGUCAAAGCUGAGGCCCACCGAACCUCCUCCAAGGGUAAGACUCCUUUACCACGGAAGGAGAUGGAUACCAGCUUCAGGGUAGACGGCACUUUCUCUGAUAUCAAGAAGGCCAAGAAGACUCCACCUGACGACACGACUUCUGCGCAGAAGAAGAAGAUGAAGACUUCCCCUACCGACGAAACUCCUUCGAAGUCGAAGACUAAUAAGCAUGCCGAGGCUUCAGCUCCGAAGCAGAACCAGAAGCAGAAGAUCAGCAUUUCUAUCGCCAAGAAGACCUCAACUACGAGCAAGGACGCAUCACCAGCUUCAGCUUCCUCCACCACUAGCGGUAGUGCUCUCAAGAAGAAUCUCAUAGCAGCAACGCCUAAGAAGUCUUCUACCUUCUCCACCUCCACCUCCACCCUAACCAGCACCGCAAAGAAGACCUCUUCUUCUCCCCCCACCAGCACUAGCGCCAGCGCCAAGGCUCCUACGCUGAACGAAAUGAAGAAAGAGAAGAAGACUACUACGGUAAACAAUAGAUUGAAACCCUCUUCGACCAGAACUGCCUCUUCGACCAGAACUGCCGCGCAGAAGAACAAAGCUUCGGACCUUACCGCUGCUCUUCUUGGGUUGUGA